GGUGAAAAAUGUCUUUAAAAACUUGUUCACGAUAAACUGGUUCAUGGAACAUCACUGGGCACUAAGGCUGCCACUGUGAUUGUCAGGUGGGAGUAGAUCCAGUCCAGUGUGUGUGCUGAGGCUGCUACACGUAAAGCUGUGCACCUGGGAGCAAGGUAUUCCAGCUGAAUUUAAAUCAAGGCACAUUGUCUCCUAGAAAGCAGUGAUUGAAAUUUGUUUUGGAGUCAUAGUGAAUAAACAGCAUAAACACGAGUUUCCAAGGUGAUGCUGUGACAAAGAACCUAACGUAGUUCUUAAAUGCAUUAGUAGAAUAAGCAGAGGUACGUUCUUGUCCAUCCUGUGGGAUGGGAUGAAGUCAUUCCCAAAAUCCUAUGUAUGGUUUUGGCCUCAGCACUCCAAAUCCUCCAAAAAAUUACUGUGUGAAAACGGAAUCAUCUCAAAUUUGAUGGAAAACUAAGCUGUAUUGCCAUGCAGUAAAAUGUUAAAUGUGUGCUGUGCAGCUUCUCAUCAAAACUGAGGUGACUUGAUGAGAGUCCUCAGAUAUGUCCCUGACAAAAUAAUACUGGAUACUAGUGAGCUUGCUGUAAUCUUGCUGUCAAACACAAUACAAAUUUGUAGCCCAGUAAGUUCAAAUUAAACAGCUUAAGUUUUCACAGGGAGGAUGAUUAAUUGUUGGAUUGAUAUGAAGAGUAGUCAUGUAUUUCUUAAUUUCCUAACAUCUUUGAAUCAAGAUUGUGGAAAAAAAAAAUCUGAAAAUUGCUUCAGCCAGAUGCAAGGUGCUGACCUUUCCUUGUAUAUUUAGAGAACUAUCAUUCAUGAGAGGUCAGGCUAGGUGAUAAACCAGAGGUGCUGAAGAAGGAUGGAUAGCACCUCGUCUUCUCUUGAACCACCUUCCCUCUUUUUGAACAGAGGGAGGUUUAAGACUUUUCCUUUUCAAUCAAGAAUAUGAUCAAACCAGUAAAAUCUUCUGAAUGGGGGAAAAUAAGCAGAUAUUGAUAUAUAUUGGAGAUGUGUCAAAUAGUGUCCUGUAUACUUGGUCCAGACUUGUGACUAAAUACAUCCUGAUCUGAGGCUGUGGCAUUGGGGAGCUGUUGGAAAGAUAAAUGUUGCUUCUCUGCUGCCAGGACAAGCUGCUGGCUCCUGUCCAGCUCGCUGCCUACCAAGCAGCCCAAGGACCUUGGCAAGAGCCCUGCUGCCCAGACAGUCCUUGUAUCAGCAGAGGAGUUCUUCCUUCCUGGUUCUAAGCGUGGAAAAUGCUGAGAGGGUGAAGCAAGGAUGGAAGAAGUUAGUGUUAUCCAGCAUUCCUGCUGAGUAUAUAACUUACUGCCACUUCUGAUCUUUGAAGAGAGAUUUAUCGCUUCCUGUGGCAAUACUGAAUACUCAAAAGAGUGAGUUCUGACCUCAGGAGCUGCAUGAAGAAUAGCCAGCAUGAAGAGAACAAAUCAGUCCAGGCAGAAGUGCAGAAGCGUCAAGAACAUAAAUCAGGAAGGUGAAAUGGAAGGUGAGGCAGUCGACGCUAUUGUGGAGGAAUCAGAAACUUUUAUUAAGGGAAAAGAGAGGAAAACCUAUCAAAGACGCCGUGAAGGUGGACAAGAAGAUGAUGCUUGUCAUAUACCACCAAACCAAGCAGAUGGAAGCGAAGUGGUGCAGGAUGUCAGCAGUGGGGUGCAGAUGGUGAUGAUGGAUCAGCUAGAUCCAACUCUUCUUCAAAUGAAGACCGAAGUAAUGGAAGGUGCAGUGCCUCAAGAAACGGAGGCUACUGUGGAUGACACACAGAUCAUAACACUUCAGGUUGUUAAUAUGGAAGAGCAGCCUAUAAACCUUGGUGAGCUUCAGCUGGUUCAAGUACCUGUACCAGUGACUGUACCUGUUGCCACCACGUCUGUGGAAGAACUGCAGGGAGCUUAUGAAAACGAGGUUUCCAAAGGAGGCCUGCAGGAGGGGGAGCCCAUGAUCUGUCACACCCUCCCUUUACCAGAAGGCUUCCAAGUUGUGAAAGUGGGUGCAAAUGGUGAGGUGGAGACACUGGAACAAGGUGAGCUUCAGCCACAGGAAGAUCCCAAUUGGCAAAAAGAUCCAGACUAUCAGCCACCAGCCAAAAAAACAAAGAAAAACAAAAAGAGUAAGCUUCGCUACACUGAGGAAGGCAAAGAUGUGGAUGUCUCUGUAUAUGACUUUGAAGAGGAGCAGCAGGAGGGUUUGUUGUCCGAGGUUAAUGCAGAAAAGGUGGUGGGCAAUAUGAAGCCACCAAAACCAACAAAAAUUAAAAAGAAAGGUGUAAAGAAGACAUUCCAGUGUGAACUGUGCAGUUACACUUGUCCGCGUCGUUCCAACUUGGACCGCCACAUGAAAAGCCACACCGAUGAAAGACCACACAAGUGCCAUCUCUGUGGCAGGGCUUUCCGGACAGUCACAUUGCUGAGGAACCACCUCAACACUCACACAGGUACUCGCCCUCACAAGUGCCCAGACUGCGACAUGGCCUUUGUGACCAGUGGAGAGUUGGUUCGGCAUCGCCGCUACAAACACACCCACGAGAAACCAUUCAAAUGUUCCAUGUGUGACUAUGCCAGUGUGGAGGUUAGCAAAUUGAAACGCCACAUCCGUUCGCACACCGGAGAGCGCCCGUUCCAGUGCAGCCUGUGCAGCUAUGCCAGCAGAGACACCUACAAACUGAAGAGGCACAUGAGGACCCACUCCGGAGAGAAGCCAUAUGAAUGUUACAUCUGCCAUGCUCGCUUCACUCAGAGCGGUACCAUGAAGAUGCACAUUUUGCAGAAGCACACGGAGAAUGUGGCCAAAUUCCACUGUCCUCACUGUGAUACUGUUAUAGCGAGAAAGAGUGACCUGGGUGUCCACUUGCGGAAGCAGCAUUCCUACAUUGAGCAGGGCAAGAAGUGUCGCUACUGUGACGCUGUGUUCCAUGAGAGGUAUGCCCUCAUCCAGCAUCAAAAGUCCCACAAGAAUGAGAAGCGCUUCAAGUGUGACCAGUGUGAUUAUGCCUGCAGACAGGAGCGGCACAUGGUCAUGCACAAACGGACCCAUACUGGAGAAAAGCCUUAUGCCUGUAGCCAUUGUGAUAAAACCUUCCGCCAGAAGCAGCUCCUCGACAUGCAUUUCAAGAGAUACCACGAUCCCAACUUUGUCCCUGCUGCCUUUGUCUGCUCCAAGUGUGGCAAAACAUUCACUCGCAGGAACACAAUGGCCAGACAUGCUGAUAACUGCUCUGGCCUAGAUGGUGGAGAAGGAGAGAAUGGAGGAGAGACAAAGAAAGGGAAACGUGGCCGAAAGAGAAAGAUGCGUUCUAAGAAAGAAGAUUCUUCUGAUAGUGAGGAGAAUGCUGAACCAGAUUUGGAUGAUAAUGAAGAUGAGGAGGAGACAGCAGUAGAAAUUGAGGCUGAACCAGAAGUUGAGCAAGAGGCUCCUGCACCACCUCCCAGUAAGAAAAGAAGAGGAAGACCACCAGGCAAAGCUGCCGCGCAACCAAAACAAUCCCAGCCUGCAGCAAUCAUUCAGGUUGAAGACCAGAACACUGGUGAAAUUGAGAAUAUUAUAGUAGAAGUGAAGAAAGAACCUGAUGCAGAAGCAGCAGAGGAAGAGGAGGAAGCUCAGCCUGCUGUAGUGGAAGCUCCCAAUGGAGACCUCACCCCUGAGAUGAUUCUCAGCAUGAUGGACCGGUGAUGGAGGAAGACCACGUUGGCUGACUGAACUGGCCUGGGCUGUGUUUAAGCGGCUCAAAUCUAUUUUUUUCCUUUUAUCUUUUUUCUUGGCUUUGGGAAAUGCAUCAUUUUAGACCAUUUUACCAAACAUACUGGGAAAUAAAACGAUGUUAGAAUGUGAUUUAACUAGAACUUGCUGUUUUAUGUUAGCAUUACCGGAUCAUGGAACAUUAGGAAAUAUUUUGGAGUCCUUGAGGGUUUCCUCUGAGAUGCUUGGUUUAGUUUUGCUCUGAACUGCAUUGUAAAGCUGGUCCAAGGGCCGUGUUUACAUGCACCAAGUUUUAAUAUACAAAAGUGGAAGCCUUGACUAGAGUAUGUGGAAAACCAUACUUGCCCUUCCAGUUCCCAGAGUCCUUGAGCCUCUUCUCUCAGUAGUGUUUUUAACUGUAAAUGCAGACUUGGGAGGGUUCUAGACUUUUGAAAUGUUUUUUUGGUUGGUUUUUUGUUUUUUUGUUUUUGCUUUCUCCCACUGAGUAGCUCCGGUUCUCCAAGUCGGCUGCACAUGGUAGUUUUGGCAUGCUCCAACUGGUUUCUGUCCUUAAUAUGCUUUGCUUCCUGCAAAGCAUUUCUGUAAUGGUCAAGCUUGUAAAUAACUUUUUUUUUUUACAUUUUAAUCUUUUUCCAUUAAUUAAGAGGUAUGCAAAAAUGCAGUUUAAAGAAACCCCAAUAUUCUAAUUCCUUUCAAACUAAGUGACAAGAGAAUUGAUAGAGUGUAAAUGUUGGAAAAGCUGUUGAUAAGGUAGAGAAAAGAUGUACCCAGACUAUUGCUUGCAGAAGAAGAGAAAUCCACAUGUGAAAUCUGGUUUUGAAGCACAAAAAAAUUGUAUUUUAUAGAAUAUUAGACUGGCUUGGGUUAGAAGGCAUUUACAGACCAUCUAGUUCUACCCCCUGCCAUGGGCAGGGGCACCUUUCACUAGACCAGCUUCCUCUGAGCUCUGUCCAACCUGGCCUUGAACACUUCCAGGGAUGGGGCAGCAACAGUUUCUCUGGACAACCUGUGCCAGAGCCUCACCACCCUCACAAGGUAGAAUUUCUUCCUAACAGCCCAUCUAACCCUGCCCUCUGUCAGUUUAAAGCCAUUUCCUUUUGUCCUGUCUCUCCAUUCCCUUGCCAAAAGUCCCUCUCCAGCAUUCUUGUAUGCUCCCUGCAGGUUCUGUAAGGCCAUUAAUUAGGUCAUCCCAAAACCUUCUCUUCUCCAGGCUGAGUAUCUCCAGCUGUCUUUCCUCAUAGGAAUGGUGCUCCAUCCUUCAAAUCAUGUUUGUGGCCUCCUCUGGGCUUGCUCUGACAGUUCAAUGUCCUUGUCCCAGAGCUGGAAUCAGCACUGCAGGUGGGGUCUCACCUGAGUGGAGCAGAGGGGCAGAACUCCCCCCUUCCUGCUGCCCACAGGGCUUUGUACAAACACAGCCCAGCACACGUGGCUGGGGCAUGUCCAGUCUCCCUCACCAGCUCCCCCAAGUCCUUCUUCCCAGGGCUGCACUGGAUCUGUUCAUUCCCAACCUGGAUUGAUCCCAAAUGUUGUCCCAGCCCAGGUGUCCCACCUUGCACUGGGUCUUGUUAAGCCUCAUGAGAUUCCCUUGGGCCACUUCUCGAGCUUGUCCAGGUCUCUCUGGAUGGCCCUGUCCUUCAGGUGUGUCACUGCACCCUAAGCUUGGUGUUACCAAACCUGUACCUGAGGGUGCACUCGACCCCUUCAUCCAUGCCAUUAACGGUGAUACUGAAUAACACUGGUCCCAGUGUGGACCCCUGAGGGGCAUCUGCUGUCCAUCCAGAGUCUGAGCCAUUGACCACUGCCCUCUGGAUGUGACCAUCCAACCAAUUUGAGACAUAUAAUUAACCUUUUUGAGUUAUAAUUUCAUGAAUACAUUUUCUUUGCUCUAUCUUGUAGUUGUAUUUUGUGUUUAUGAAUCCUAUGUUAAAACAAAAGUGGUGAUUUAUAAGUGGGUCACUGCAGCCCUCAACCUGGGCCAGGAAAUUUUAUUAAUAGGUCAGUAAUUCUACAAUUUUUGAAUCUCUGAUAAAGACAAAAAAAGGAAUAAUGUGAAAUACAAAUGAUGCCUGUAUAUGAAAAUGUCACAUGUUAAAAUAUGUAAGCUUUUUAUAGAGCCUCAGUCUUGCUGAUUUCAAACAAAUUUUUCUUCUAUGUAUCGCUUUUAAGAGAGCUAUCAGUUUAGCUAUCAGACUCUAGGUUGAUGCAUUUUUGUACUUAGCUGUACUGUGUGAUAUUUUUCAUUAUUUUAGGAAGCCAACAUGGGGAAAAAAUACUGUUAUAAAAUAUGUAAUGGGGUUUGAAAGCUGGGAAGGAGAAUAUACUGCUGUACAGCUAAUAAAUAAUAACGGAUUAACA